AUGAAGUUGACAAAUUUGAAGUGUGAGAACUACGACAAAGCCUUCCUAGAUAUCCGAAAAUGCGAGCUUAAAGCUUUGUCUCGCGACAAAGUCGCGCUUACCGUGAACCAUGACUUAAUCGUCAAAGACUUAGUGUUCCAGACUGAAGAUCUACAAACACUACCUGGACCAAAUCAAUUUUUUUUUGAUGAGGUCGAUGAUGAUGAUGAACAUGAAGAUGUAAAAAAGAUUCAAAUUCGUUGGCAUUUUUUGAUUAUAUUUUGCUGCUGUGGACUGUGGUCAAAUGUUAGAUUGAGAACUCCAUUUGUACAGGGUACUCGAAUCGUUUUCAAAAAUCUACAAUGUAUUUCGUUCAACGAAACCCUUUUCCGCUUCGAACAAUGCCAAAUAAAACUACAAAAACGAGGACACAAGGAAUUAAAUAUUUACGGCAAAAUGACAAAAUCAAUUGACAAUAUAACGGUGAAAGCUGAACUGUUUCGUAAAACCAACGGCUACACCCCAUUUAUCUACAAAUUCACCAUGGACUUUUGUGAGUUGAAACGCUAUCCGCAACGUCAACCGGUCAUGACUAUAUUCUUCGCAUACUUGGAGCAGAAUAGUAACUUGAAUCACACGUGUCCAUAUGAUCAUGACAUCAUUUUGAAAAACUUCGUUAUGCCGGAGGAAGUGUUGAUGCUGCUGCCAUAUCCCAAGGGCGAUUAUAUGGUACAGUUAAGCUUCGCUAUAUACAAUGAAUGGAUCCUUACUGUAAAGGCAUUUGUGCAGCUAAUUGAUUGAAGAGGAAAAUAUGUAUGCUUAGUACAAGUGAAUACGGCGGAAGCGGUCAAAUAUUUUAGAGCUUACAAGCAUAGAUCGGUAAGCUAAUAUUAAAUAAUUAAAAAAAAAAAACCUGCCUUCAUACUUUAUACAAUAUUAUUUGAUUUGAAAGAGGAAGGGGACUGAAAUCAGGGUAUCUUGGUGACCAAUGAACCAAUGUCACCUGUUUUCGGCAUAGAUGUCCU